UGCUCACCCAUCUGACAAGUUUUGCCAAGAUGAAGAUGUAUCUGUCCUUGAGUAUCUGCUUUCUUGCAGCUCUGGCUAUGCCCAGUGCAGAAGGCAAGAAAAUAGAACGAUGCAAACUGGCUCGGGAACUGAAGAGGCAUGGCUUUAAUGGCUUCUUGCGAAGUACAGUGGCUGACUGGGUCUGUCUGGUAGCACAUGAGAGCAAUUACAACACUUCGGCAAUCAAAGAUAAGGGCCAUAGCCAUAACUAUGGGCUCUUCCAGAUCAACAGCAAAGAAUGGUGUGACGACGGAAAGACCAGCGGUGCCCAGAACGCCUGCCACAUUAAAUGCAGCAAAUUUUUGAAUGAUGACAUUGAAGAUGACUCCAAAUGUGUCAAGAAGAUAGCACUGAAGGCCCAUGGACUGAGUGCCUGGCCUGGCUGGAAGGAACACUGCAAAGGGAAAGAUCUUUCUAAAUAUGUCAAGGGCUGCUUCUAGUCCAGAGACUCUGGACACAACACAGGAUUGCUGAGGGGAGAGUUUGCAGCUGAAAUUUUGGGUGGCUGUGGUGGUUGUAUUAACAGCAUGUAUUCAAGUAGGACUCCUUGGUUUUUGUGUACUUACCAAGUGUGUAAGAUGAUCUUAUCUAGACAUGAUCCAAGCAUGUAAAAUGAUCUGAUCCCCUCAAAAAAUUUCAUAGUGGGAUAUGUACAACUGUUGGGAACUAAUAAAAAGAAUGUAUAACAGA